AUGGGUCGAAAUAGAGUAUAUGGAAGUUUGGAAGAGGCUCGUGCUGAGAAAAAUCGAAGGAGCCGCGAGCAACGUGCUGCUGCUCGGCGUGGGACAAAGAAUGAUGCGCCAUUAGGAGUGUGUACAUUAGCUGUCACGGCUUUUAAUAUACAUGACCCAAAUGCUGUGAAUCAGCCAAAUAUGGGUGUCGUUGAAUCUUCAUUAGGUUCGGGCUUAGUAUUGCCAUUUGCAGAGAACAAUGCAGAGCACCUUCGAGCUUGGUUUCGCCUAAACAUGUACUUUGGUGAGACAAACGAGUCUGACUUAGUUAAGCAUACUAAACUCACAAUCUUUAACUAUGUUUUUGGUGUUUUAAAGGAAAAUCAAGGAGAUGUAUCUAGGUCUGCUGGUAAUGGUGCUAGCGAGGUUCCAACAACUAAUUCAGAUGCGGGUGAAUCAUCUUUGCAUAGGCGACGUCGGUGUACAAGACGCUCUGUGACUAAUCCAUUGACCACAAUAAUUACAGAGCCUGCAGAAAAUGAACAAAAUGUCUGUGCGUCUAUUGCUGAUGGUGCUAACGAGAUUCCAUCAACUAAUUUAGAUGCUGGUGAAUCGUCAUUGUGUAGGCAACGUCGGUCUAGAAAACGAGCUGUGACUGAUCCAUUAACUACAAUAGCUACAGAACCUGCUGUAUUGCCUGAUGUUCCAAGUUGUCCAUAUUGUCAUGCAAAACGAUUUCAUCAGGAACCUCCUAGUUUUUGCUGUGCCUCCGGUGAGGUACAGUUAUUACCUACUGAGAUGCCGAGAGAACUUAUGCUAUUAUAUAUAGAAGACUCUGAUGAGGCUGCUGAGUUUCGCAGAUGUGUUAGAAGUUAUAAUAACAUGUUUGCAUUCACUUCGAUUGGUAUCCAUUCUGAUAAAUCUUUGGCUGCAAACUACAAUGGAGUUUAUACAUUUCGAAUCCAGGGACAAAUGUAUCAUUAUAUUAAUCCACUUAUUCCAGAGGAUGGUGAGAAGCCACGGAACUUGCAACUUUACUUUGUUGACACUGACCAUGAAACAACACAGCGGCUCUCAAUCUCAAGCAUAGAUGAUUAUAAGAUUGUACUUGACACCACGCCUGCUGUAGAUCAACGAGUUUUCAAUAAACCUACUGUGUCGCAAGUAGGAGCCAUUUGGACCGAGAGCACAAAUUCUGAACAUGUUAACUCUAAACAUAUACAAAUUUAUGGAAAGAAUGGUCAAACGCAGAUUGUUAAGCAUUAUUUUGCUUGUCAUGAUUCGUUGCAAUAUCCUCUUAUCUUUGCAAAUGGAGAGCCAGGUUGGCAUCUAGGGAUUGAAAAAAUCCGUCAUCCAGAUAAGAGCAAUAUUACAUCAGUGACCUGUGAGGGAGAAACUGUUAUAACUGCAACUACAGCAACGACGGCAACUGCUAUCAUUGAUGCAGAAAAUAGAGCUAUUAACCAAAGAAAAAGAAAGCGCAACACAGUUUCAUGUCGUGAGUAUUAUUGCUACAAAUUGCAAAUCCGAGAUGCUGAUCGAUCAAUGUUAUUACAUAUAGGGAGAUUACUGCAGCAAUAUGUAGUCGAUGUCUAUGUCAAGAUUGAGUCAAUCAGAUUAGAUUUCCACAGAGGAAGAAGCAAACAGGCUCGACUUCGAACAGAGAUUUAUCAAGGCAUAGUUGAUAGUAUUUCCAGUGGUGAAUCAUCAUCAUCGAGUAUUGGUAAACGUAUUUUUCUGCCAGCUUCAUUCAUUGGUGGCCCUCGAGAUAUGCGUCGACGAUAUAUGGAUGCUAUGUCUUUGGUUCAGCGAUAUGGAAAACCAGAUAUCUUUUUGACGAUGACCUGCAACAAGAAUUGGCCUGAGAUUAAAAAAUUGCUUUUGCCAACUGACAAAGUUGAGAAUAGGCCAGAUUUAAUAGCUCGAGUUUUCCGUGCAAAGCUUCAACAACUGAAAGAUGAACUUCUGAAAAAGAACAUAUUUAUUAUAACGCACGAAACCAUUCCGAGACCAUUACACUAG